CUCUCUCUAGACUAGAUUACUUGUUUCUCUCUCUACAUCUGCACUAGCAGCAAUGGAGAAAGGCGAGACCUCAAUGUCCACCACCCAUCACCUGACUCUCCCACGGGGCCUAACCCAAGACGAGUUCGCUGAGGUAAACCGGUUCAUCACCGAGUUCCACACCUACCGAGUCGGCCAAGGCCAAUGCGCUUCCCUACUCGCGCAACGAGUCCACGCGCCGCCCAACACGGUCUGGUCCGUCGUGCGCCGCUUCGACAAGCCCCAAACGUACAAGGACUUCGUCAAGAGUUGCACCGUGAGGGGAGACUCUAACAUGACCGUGGGGUGCACGCGGGAAGUGAACGUCGUAUCGGGGUUACCGGCUGAAACCAGUACCGAGAGGCUGGACAUACUGGACGAUGACCGGCACGUCACCGGGUUCAGUAUCAUAGGCGGUGAGCACAGGCUGAGGAAUUACCGAUCGGUGACCUCUGUGCACGGCAUCGAGCGUGACGGGAGGAUCUGGACCGUCGUAUUGGAAUCGUACGUCGUGGAUGUGCCGGAAGGGAACACGGAGGAUGAAACGCUUCUGUUUGCUGAUACGGUUGUGAAGUUGAAUCUACAGAGACUGGCGGCUGUCACCGAAGGUCUGGCACGUGAUGGUGACCGCAAAUCACAGGUGAUGUGAAUAAUCCAAAUACAAAAUAUAAAAGGUCGCAAAAAUGAAAAAUGAAAUUGCGUUUUUUUCGGAGUUAUUUGAGUAUGGUUUAUUUUCGUUUUUUUGGGUUAUGUUUUAUUGUUAAAUUUUUAAAAUACUGAAACAUCCUUUGUUGACAUGAAAUGACGGGGUUGCAUCUUAUUCCUUGCAUUUACCAGGCUUGGAAUUGUUAUGACGUUUAAGGGCAUUUUGGCCAAUGUACAUGUACAGAAAUGUUAAUAUACCAUGGUGGUGUAAUUUCAAUUUUGUGAUGAAUUUUAUUGUCUAAAAUUAAUGAAUUUCUGCUUCUUCAUAGUUUUUUUUUUAUUUUAUUUUUUAAUCUUCAACAUAAGACACAAAGGAAACUGCCUAAAUUUGUAGCUAUAAGAAAAGAUAGGUUUAUUAUUUAUUGAUUAUAGUGUAUUCUUAAGACAGUAUUGUUAAGUGUGUGUCUGUGUAUGCAC